AGACCGCUUAAAACCUUUGUUGCGAACCGGGUAAAGAAGAUUCGUACCGUUCUUAAUACCUUUGCCGACUCCAAAGUUAUUACCGCCUUCCACUACAUUAACACAGACCUGAAUCCAGCAGAUUGUGCAACACGAGGACUCUCAGCUCGAGAGAUCUCUGAGCACAUUUGGUGGAAAGGUCCACCACAUAUCUGCUUACCGCCGUCACAAUGGCCAGAUUCGGAAGUCGACUUCGCAGUCUUACCUAGCUCAGUUCUGGAAACAGAUCUCGAGUAUAAGGAGACGACUGUGAUUUCGAAUCCGUCUCAUGUGUCCAUUUUACCGCUCGCACACACCAGUCACUACGACAGAUCAAUUAGUCGCCAGCAAACACGCACAGCAGAACUCGUUUUGCUACGUGAGCAUCAGAGAGAAGCUGUGCAUUCGACACGGCAAGACAUUUACCGCGACUCAUUUGGCAUCAUUCGAGUUAACACUCGCAUGCGCCAAGAACAGUCAUCUUCGCAGAAUCAUCCGAUUCUGCUCAUGCCGAAUCACCCGUUUACCGCCAUGAUUAUCACCUCUUGGCAUUGUAAGUUACACCAUGCAGGUGCUAAUCAUAUUACCGCUACGCUCCGACCCCUGUUCUUCAUGCCUCGCAUGCAUAGAACAGUGAAAUCGUUCAACACGCUUCGACCCAUUGAUCUUAUCAGCCCUUAUUUUCAUGUAGGAUAUUUUACCGCAACCUCUCGCCAGUCGCCUUUUUACGUCUAUGAUCUUUCCGAUUCACUGACGAAAGAGGCACUUCGAGAGAGUUACGAUACGUUGGUUACCGCACUUGACCAUUUCUGGAAGCUUUGGCGCGAGGACUAUCUUCAGACGCUCGCCCAACGCCAACAGAAACUGGCCAAGAACGCACCAGGAUCUAAGGCGCGACCAGCCGUAGGAGAUCUCGUGGUCGUGAAGACGGAAGACAUGCCGAGAGCUCAUUGGCCUCUCGCGGUCAUCACUCGCCUUCACGUAUCCAAAGAUGGCCAUACGCGCUCCGCGCAGAUCCGUACCGCUAAAAACACUCUUCUGGAUCGCUCCAUCAAGCACCUUAUUCCGCUAGAGAUCCAUGUAGAGAAAGAACUUACCGCAGAACCAUCCUCACCAACCCCUACGAGGACUCAACCGCCGAGACGAGUGAAGCGAGCAAAACGCCAU